UUUAGCUCCCAGUAAAACACUCUUCUCCAUAUAAUAAAUGAAGAUAGGAUCUUUUUUGACUAUAUUAUUCAACAUUAUUAAUAUUUACAAAUGUAAUUUUCAGCUUUGCUUUACUGGAGUAUGAUGAAUCAAAGUAAAAGUUUUAUAGUUCGUAUUAUUUUAUUCUUACUACAACUCCUUCCUAUUUAUUGUCACUCAACAAGAAAAAUUAUAUAAAGUUGAAAAGGAGACGUUAGGAUUUGGUGGGUGAAUGUCCUUAAAAUUAAAUCUCCAGGGAAUAAUAAUUACCAGGGAAAUUAUGUAAAAAUUUUCGACUUUGCUGUUUCCUUUAGAUGUAAAGGGGCUUUGCUUUGUCACUGUGGGAAAUGUAUUAAUUAAAAUUAAUUUGUGAGGCGUUCUCACCUUUAUCAGAAUUUAGGAACUUUAAAAGGCAUUAUGUACAAAUAUGUUAAACUUGAAUCAUUGAUAUAUUUAGAUGAUCAGUCUUUUCUGUAAAGGGAUUUUGUUAUAUCUGGUUUGAAACAUUUUUCUUUUCAGGAUGAAAUGAUCAUUAGAAAUGUCUCAGGGUACAUCCAUUCCACAGUUACUCUUUCACUGGGUAAUAAUGCAAUAAGUGUAGCAGUGUACAGUUAGGCACAAAUUUGCAAGUGUACAAUCUUGUUCUUUUAUUCGCUUUCGCCGUUACAUUUUAUUUUUAAUUGAUUUAAAUGACUAGAUGUGUAAAACUUUAGAACAGGUCCUCCAAAUCUCUUCUUUGGAUUUAAAAUGUGCACACAUUUUUUCUGACUGUACUGUACAAUAGAUUCGUUAGAUUUUUUGAAGCCAAAACACACUUUUAAAAGCACGGACAAAAAUGCUUGACUAAAUUUUCAGGAGUUAAAAAUAAUGGUGGCCCUCUCCACAGGCCACUCUUAACCCCCAGCCAGAGAAAAUUGCUAUGAACAAAGUUAAAAUUUUAACAUUCUUGUAGCCUGCAAACAGGCCGUUUGUGUUGCAAGAAUGUCAUGCGAAGAGCCUGCUCAUAGGCUAACAUUCCUGUGGAAGUGAAACUUAGUUCAAAAAUUGCCUGGCUUUCGUAAAAUUCUAGGCUUGUUUCUCUAAAUUAUAGUUUAUUUCCAAAGUUUGGCCAAGGUGUUUCUCGGAUGUACAUAACUUUUAUGCAUAAAAAAUAUUGGCCUGAGGGUCAUAAUUACUGUAAAUCUUUGUGCUGGAAAUAAGGUGUUAAAAUGUUCAACUUAGUUUAAUUGAUUUUAAUAUGUAAAGGAUGGCAUUUAGUUUGUGUUUAACAAUGAGUGAAUUACUAGUGAAGUAAUAGUUUAUUAUUUAAAGUGUCCCAAACUAUGUCACUGCAUGAGAAAGGGAUGAUGUUUCCCCACCAGUAGCCUAGGUAUGAAACAUGUUUAGUUAGGGCUUGAUGAAAUUAAUAACAUACUGAAAAAAUCCAAAAAUAAAGCUAGAUCUUUAUUAUGAUGUACUAUAGAAAGAUUAAAAUAAAAAGGUUCAAACAAACUCCAGCUUAUUUGAUCUCUUAGUCUCUACACUCCUUAUUUGGGAUGUCACACAACACUCCUUCAGCAGCAUUGGGGUACCUUUUCUCUAUAAAAGGUAUAUGAAUGGGUUACCUUUUCUUUCAAAAUGGUAUACAAAAGAGUGAGGGGUUAGACCUUGGGGCGGUGCCUCUCCAUACAAAAACUUCGUACAAAAUUCCCCACCCCCUCCCAGGCUAAAUGGCAAUCAGGAUAUUAAAAAUGAAUUAAAAUGGAGCUUAACAAUGCAAAGAAACUAAACUGGAAAAACUGCACAAAAUUUUUACUCUUUUGUAUGAAAUGUAAGAUAAUGAACAAAACACUAAUAAGUUAUCUGACUGUAUCACUUUACAGCUGUAAUUCUUUUUCUUCAAAAUUUGUAAGUGGCAGAAAAUCUCAAAAAGACCAGCUUGUAUGAUCUUGUAUAACCUGUGUAUGCUUCCUUAAACUCAGGGUAGCUCAAUAUUGUGUUGCAGACCUUCUUGUUGAAAUGAAAACAACACAGUGAAAUCCUGGGUAACCUGUGGUUUUAGAGCAGGUGUUAGGUUGGGAAGACUAGCACGAGAACGUUGGCAAGGACAUCCUUGACGGUGUUAAUUGAAACUUACUUGUCCUAUCAAAAUUAUCCCACAAGAAGUAUUCCACAAAACCACUUUAAUAGCCCAGAAGACUUCGCUGUAUUUCCUCAUUCUAUUAGAAGUUUGACGUAUUAGUCUCGUCUUCGAAAAGUCUGGAAAGUUUGCAUUGCCAGCAUAUGCCGGUUGCCCUGGAUAUGUGGAAGCUGUUUUACACAUGAAUAGACUGCAUUUUGUCAUUGUGGGACAAUAACGCAAAUAUUCCCUUCACGACGCAUCACCAAACGCACCUAUGAUUUUGGGAAUGGUCAGUCUUGAUCGAAAAGAUUCGAAGCUAAACUGAGAGGAAACCGUAGGACAAAAAAUUUUGUCGUGAGUCAACUUUGGUUUGCUAUAAUUUAAUCCCGCGAGGAAAAAUCAUUCCUAGAGUCUCUCGUCAAUUUUUGUAGGCGACAGUAUAGUUAGCGAACCUGUUAAUGCGAUGAAACAUUAGUAAACAAACCAUGCCUCCCAGGCGACCACCUCAUGUCGUUUGCUACAUUUGCGGUCGUUUGUACGGUACGACGUCGAUUUCACUGCACAUUCCAAAAUGCCUGGAAAAAUGGGAGAUGGAAAACAGCCAGUUACCGAGACAUUUACGGAGAAAACCACCCCAAAAACCAGCGGGCUGGGGAAAUACACCACUAUCCAGUGACCCGCGGGUUAGAGAAGCACAGCUUGAUUCCAUGAACGACAUGGCUUUCCAAGCAUCGCAGAAUCAACUUAUUCCUUGCGAAAACUGUGGACGCACGUUCAACCCAGAUCGCUUGCCUGUUCACCAGAGGAGCUGUAGACCUAAUAAUACUCUGAAAAUGUCCAAAACCUUUGAUCCUUCCAGGAUGGGGUCAGGUCGACAGGGCUCACCCAGAGAGGCUGAUUAUGGAAGGAGGAGUCCCCAGCCCCCAAGAAAGCCUAAAACUGUUGUUUGUUUCAUAUGUGGAAGAGAGUUUGGUACCAAAUCUAUAGGUAUCCAUGAACCACAGUGUUUGAAAAAAUGGGAACUUGAGAACAGUCGGCUACCUAAGCAUUUACGUCGACCACCCCCAGUCAAACCCAACAUAUUGCCUAGUUUGUCAGGGGAUGGCGGAGAUGACCUUGGUCGUAGGAAUCAGUUGGCGUAUGAGUCAUCACAGAAACAGCUGGUUCCCUGCAGAAACUGCGGUAGAACAUUUCUACCAGAAAGGCUUGAAAUUCACAUGAGGUCCUGCAAGCCUGGAAGCAAGACAAUGCCGCUUAGACAGUCAGAUACAGCUCAGAGACUUUCCCCUCUUAGUACCCAUGGAGGUAUGAAUUCUACACACAGUGGACAGUAUGGUAGGCAGAGUCCCCUUAGUCGUCAUGAAGACCAAAAUCACAAUGUUGGGCCUUUAAUAAAGGACAGAACAUUUAUAAAAAGCAAAUCUUCACCAAGCAACAAAAAGUCUACACCUCCAGCUUCUACUCAUCAUCCAGCCAGGUUGCAACCCAUGUCCAAUGGUCGAGUGCCAUCCCCAUCGUACAAUAUCAGGGGUGGUUCCCCUGCCCUGUCUAGCCUACCCACUGAGCAGGCUGCCAAGCCAUUGAAUCUGGCCUGCUGUUAUAACUGUGGUCGAUCCUUUGCAGCAGAACGCUUGGCAAAACAUGAAGUUAUUUGUAACAAAAGUAGUCAUAAACAAAGGAAGGUGUUUGAUUCCUCCAAAAUGAGGACACAAGGAACUGAGGCAGCACAGUUUAACAGGCACAGAGCAAGAAAGGCUCCUGAUCCACCUAAACCCAAAUCAAACUGGAGAAAAAAACAUGAGGAAUUUAUUAAUGCCAUCAGAGAUGCCAAGAAGGUGCAAGAACACAUAAAGCGAGGUGGUAAGGCAUCAGAUUUACCCCCUCCACCCCCAAGUGAAAAUCCAGAUUACAUACUCUGCAGGUUCUGCCAGAGACGCUUUGCACCAACUGUAGCUGAGAGACACAUUCCUAAAUGCCAGAACACGGUAAACAGGCCAGCACCUCCAAGACAACGUGCCUUACAGGCAAGUGGAGGUCGAUAUAUCUCAAAGAACACUUCUUUUCCAAGUAGAAGAGUGCUUCGGUAGACAAGUCGAACUCUUCUUA